GACUUGGUUCGCAUCUUUAUUUCAUGUAAUACCUUCAGUAGUAAGCGCCGCUUGAAAGCCGACGCGUUGAUAAAAAUAUGAUAGUGAAAAAUGUUAGUCAGUGAAAUUAAACUUAACAACUAAAGCAAUAUGAAAAUAAAUCGGUGAUAAUAGCCGAGGUUAGAAGACUACAAAGUACAAUGUAUUUGGCGGAGGCUUACUUUUUGAUCCUGCCCUUAAUAUUAAGAUGUGUGGAAGCGAACAGAAUGCACGCCGUAAGUUUUCUAUCAAACUCCUCCUACGCUGAAAUAGAGAUGAAGGGGGAGUCCAGUUUAUCCCUUCGCGACAUUCUGCCGGUGAAAGCCAAGUACUAUGACAAGAACAAACCGCCGAAGCAGCUGGGGCAGCCCACCGUGGUCUACUUCCAUGUCACUGUCCUGUCCUUGGACUCUAUCAACGAGGAGAGCAUGACAUACGUAGCAGACAUCUUCCUAGCCCAAUCCUGGCGGGAUCCCCGUCUUCGGUUACCGGAGAAUAUGCACGAGGAAUACCGCAUCCUGGAUGUAGACUGGCUGAACAACAUCUGGAGACCAGACUGCUUCUUUAAGAACGCCAAGAAGGUGACCUUCCACGAGAUGAGCAUACCCAACCACUACCUGUGGCUGUACCAUGAUAAGACGCUGUUGUAUAUGUCCAAGUUAACUCUGGUCCUUUCUUGUGCCAUGAAGUUUGAGUCAUAUCCACACGACACACAGAGUUGUUCGAUGAUGAUUGAAAGUUUGUCUCACACGGUGCACGACCUGGUGUUCAUCUGGAACAUGACGGACCCGCUGGUGGUCAACCCCGAGAUUGAGCUGCCGCAGCUCGACAUCUCCAACAACUACACCUCCGACUGCACCAUCGAGUACUCCACUGGAAACUUCACCUGUCUAGCCGUGGUGUUCAACCUACGGCGGCGGCUGGGCUACCACCUGUUUCACACCUACAUCCCAUCAGCACUUAUCGUCGUCAUGUCCUGGAUCUCCUUCUGGAUCAAACCGGAGGCCAUACCAGCGAGGGUGACCUUGGGAGUCACGUCGCUGUUGACUUUAGCAACCCAAAACACCCAAUCCCAACAAAGUCUACCUCCCGUGUCUUACGUGAAAGCCAUCGACGUAUGGAUGUCGUCUUGUUCUGUGUUCGUGUUCCUGUCGUUAUUCGAGUUCGCUGUCGUCAACAACUACAUGGGCCCGGUGGCGACGAAGGCCAUGAAGGGCUACUCCGACGAGGAUCUGUCGAGAGAGCUGGAUGCUUUUAAGCACAUAUUUCCAAACGCGGUGGACACGCGCGCAUCGGCGUCUCUACCGCAGUACGAUACAUUCUGCAACGGGAGAGAGACAGCAGUAUACAUUGAUCGGUUCUCUCGCUUCUUCUUCCCCUUCUCCUUCUUCGUUCUCAAUAUUGUGUAUUGGUCUACGUUCUUGUAGAUUUGGUAGAUGUAAUGAUAAAGGUUAAAGAAAAUCUUUUUCCUUACUAGUUGAAAUGUACACUGUGCAUGAAGAUUGAAGACGUUAUAGUUAUUAAAUGUUUUGUCUUCGUCU